ACUCUUGAUUCGACACACGCUGGCAAAUGCCGACAAAUUGACUUCACUAAGCUUCCGGCAUGCGCCAACGUUGGCUACAAAUCUACAGCGAAUUUUUCACAAAUUGGAGAACAGAGUUAUCAAGACUAUGUCUCAUCAAAAGUCACCUACUUUUCUGAUCGUUUCAACAGUUGUUCUCCGUAUUCCAGGAUGUUCGUUUGCUCUCGUUACCUUCCAAAGUGUUCCAAGGACGUUGAAGGCCCCAUACUCCCCUGUAGAGAAGUGUGUGAUCAAUUUUUGGACGAUUGUCACAAAGAAUUGAAAGACAGUGGACUGUAUAGACGUUACGUUGCCUACUGUAGACUUCUCUCUUCUAAAAGAGAAGCAUCUAUGCAGUGUUUAAAACCUUCUGGAUUUGUUCCUCGACCAAAUAAAAAAGAACCAUUAUUACCAAGUUGUGAAACCGCAAGUCGGCCUGCUUGUUUGAAAGACAAUGUCAGUGGACUGAGAAACAACACAAGACAUCGACUCCAGUCUUUUCUCAGCAAUCUCGACCCAGUCCUAAACUCAAGUUGCUCAGUCAAGUUAAGACGGUUAGCCUGCUUCAUUGAGACUGCACCCUGCGUCACUAAUGAUGGUUCCACCCUUCACACCUGUCCAUCUAUGUGCCAGGAAGUCAGACGUGAUUGUGAAGAGGAAUUUAAGAAACAUAACAUCGACUUUCCACAGUGCAUACCUUAUCACCCUGAAAUUCCUGCUGGAGAUGGUUUGUGCAAGCUUUCUCGUUGGCCUGUACCGUGGCCUAAUACAACUGGAACACAAGUGUUAGAGACAACUCCCAGCAUCUUUAGAACAAACCCUGCAGUUAUCUCCAAAGUGGACGAAGGAUUUGACAUCGAUUCAAACAUGGAGAGCAAGAUAGGCACAACAGACCAAUCCAAGCCUAGUAGCGACAAGGAAUUAGAAAAGAAGCCAUUAUCAAGUUUAGUUCUUGCUGUCGCCGUUGUGGGAUUUUUAAUGGUAUUUUCGUUUUUGACAUUUAUGUUACAUCUGUUUUUGAAAAAGCUCAAGAAAAAUGCCAGGGCAAGAAAGAGAGGAAGUGGGAAAUAUGUCAAGGAUGCGAACAUUUCGUCUAAUGGAAAAGCUGUUACAGUGGGCGAGCAAAAGAAUGUGAGCUUUGAAGAAGAAAUACAUAAAACUGGGACUGCUCUUUAUUAACAGUCAUGUGAUUGUAGUCUACUGGGUCAAGUUGGAGUGAAGGCAAUUUCAACGGAGUACCCAUAGUAAACCAAGAUACGUUCGCCGAUGGCUCUUCACGAUGUUCCGACAUUGUUUUAGAAAACUCGGACUGACCUAUCUACCGAUCAGAUGUAAGAUAAAAUCAAUCGCAACUUGGUCACUCGUGUUUUCCCGCAAUUCAGGCAGUUUACAUGUACAUUGUAAUUAUUUUGAGACCAGCUCCUGUUAAAGAGUCAGAGAACAUUUGAAUUGAAAUAAGUUACAGUUGAAUUUGAGUUGAUGAUUGUAACCCUUUAGAUAUUUGUUCCAGUUAGGACGAAAAGGCGACUAAGCACAUGUAUGUUUGCUAUUAUAAUUUACAUGCAUCACUCACGACAUAUGCGUGAUUCUAUGCUACCUUAUUGAACAGCAUCAGAAAAAAAACCGGAAAGUGAUGAUAUCUUUUCCGCCAUGCGUAUGAUUUAAAAGCGGUAAAACUAUUCAAAACUUGUGUUUUAAAGUUCGUAAUUUAGUGGCCUUCAUCUUCAGCUCAAGAUACCAAAAGCUUGUUGGUAACAAAGACUAUGUAAUACAGAACUUCAAAGAUACUUUUAUUGGUAUAUAUUUUGUAUAUUUCGAUCUCAAGGUGUAAUUUUCCUAAAUUAUUUUAGAUAUAAAACCCUUCAGGGUAACUUUGAAGGUAAAGUAGACUAGAUUUUUCAGUUACAGACUUCUUUUUUCAAUAUGGCCUGCAUUGAAAUGCAGAAAUUACACAUUGAACUCAUGUUACUUAGGAAUUACUUAAAAAAAGAAAACUCUAAAAGUUAUUUUUGUUACUACAAAAGUAAAACAUCAAAUAGACAAACAAACAUUUCAAGAAAUAAAAUGAAUUAACCAACAA